UUUUUAGUUGGAAUCACUGCUUUUGUGAUGCUUGUAUUUAUUUUUCAGAUAUUUAUUGGCAAACGGUAUUACAGUGACAGAAGCCACUGCUCCCAUUAAAAUUCCGACCCUCUGUACUCCCCAACUUCUUCUUCUACUCACAAGUCACAACCCUUCUCCUCUCACUAUAAUCCCUCAAAUCUCCGAUCCCAACUAACUUCCACCGGACUCGUUUCAGCCGUUGGAUGUCUCAGCAGAGCUUUAAGCUCAAACCGACAACCACAACCGCCUUUUUCCAGGUUAACAAAAACAAUCACUUCUUUGGAGCUCAACUGUUGGACCCUUCUCUUAAUUUGUAACAUAUAUUUCCCAGAUCUAAUCACUCACCGACACACAAUUUUCUUCCAUUUCACCUUAAAGCCCUCUUUGGACCUUUGCCUUUGGCUCCUUCACCUCUUUUCUCUCGUCUCAAUUUUACCCUCCAAAAACACUCGAAUUUACCAAAAUGCCUGCUUUCUGGUUCUUCUUCCUUUCGAUUUUCCUAUGCCUCAGCUACGUCUCUACGGCGGCGGAGCCGGUGACCUGCUCAGGGAUAGUGCCAAUGAAGUACCGUUACGAUAAGAUUUCGAUAGCGGAUUUCGGGGGCGUCGGUGACGGCGUCACGGUGAACACCAAGGCGUUUCGGGCGGCGAUAUAUCGGAUUCAGCAUUUGCACAGGAGAGGAGGCACGCUUCUUUACAUACCUCCUGGGGUGUACUUAACGGACAGCUUCAAUCUCACUAGCCACAUGACUCUCUACUUGGCUAGAGGUGCUGUUAUCAAAGCCACACAGGACACUAAGAAUUGGCGUUUAAUUGCUCCUUUGCCGUCUUAUGGAAGGGGGAGAGAACGCCCUGGAGGGAGAUAUGUGAGCUUCAUCCAUGGCGAUGGAGUUCAUGAUGUGGUUAUCACUGGUGAGAAUGGGACAAUUGAUGGCCAAGGAGAUGUGUGGUGGAACAUGUGGAGGCAAAGAACUCUUCAAUUCACCAGACCAAAUCUCAUUGAGUUCAUCAACUCUAAAAACAUUAUCAUUUCCAAUGUGAUUUUCCAGAACUCUCCAUUUUGGAAUAUUCACCCUGUUUAUUCCAGUAACAUUGUUGUCCGGUAUGUCACAAUAUUGGCUCCAGCUGACUCUCCCAACACCGAUGGAAUUGAUCCAGAUUCAAGCUCUAAUGUCUGCAUAGAGGAUUCGUACAUAUCUACUGGAGAUGAUCUUGUGGCUGUAAAGAGUGGAUGGGAUGAGUAUGGGAUUGCUUAUGGUCGCCCUAGUUCCGACAUUACCAUCCGUCGGAUCAGAGGAUCAUCCCCAUUUUCUGGAAUUGCAAUAGGAAGUGAAACCUCUGGUGGAGUGGAGAAUGUAUUUGCCGAACACAUAAACCUUUACAACGUGGGAGUUGGUAUCCAUAUAAAAACAAACAUCGGUAGGGGAGGCUUCAUAAGAAACAUAACAGUUUCAAAUGUGUUCAUGGAAAAGGCACGGAAGGGUAUAAAGAUUGCAGGAGAUGUUGGAGACCACCCUGAUGACAAAUUCAAUCCAAAUGCACUCCCAGUGGUAAAGGGCAUCACAUUAACAGACAUCUGGGGUAUACAAGUUCUGCAGGCAGGUCUCAUACAAGGCCUCAAGAACUCCCCUUUCACCGGAAUCUGUCUUUCCAACAUCAACCUCCAUGGCAUGACCGCAACAACAAGAACACCUCCAUGGAAGUGCUCAGAUGUCAGCGGGGCUGCUCAUCUGGUGAGCCCCAUCCAAUGCUCGGAGUUGACCAGUGCCCAACACGCAACUUCAUGCUCCAACUACUAAAACAAAGUCUGCAUAACUCUUCUAUAUCCUCCUCGAAACUUUUUUUUUUUUUUUUAUUUGUCAAUCACACGGUGUCCUCAAAGGCUUCCUAGGCCCAGAGACUAAUCCGUGCUCGGGAGAUCUUGUCAGAACGCUUCCUCCCCCCUGGCCACCAAGAAUAUAUUGGGAUUUAACUCCAAUAAGCGUCGGCGGGAUUCGAACCCGGGUGUGGGGGUUCCACACCUGGAGGCUCUUACCAACUCGACCACCUGUGGUGGUUAUCCUCCUCGAAACUUAAGAAGAAUCUGAGUUUUUAUCUUUCCUUCUGUAAUGCAAAAUGUAAUUUAAUGGUCUAGUGUCAUACUAGGCCUGGCAACGUGCGGAUACGGUGCGGGUUCUUAACGGGCCUACCCGGUAAAAACCCGUUAAGUUAACGGGUUUCGCGGGCUAGACCCGGCGGGUUUGUGGGUUUUCCGUUGGAACCCGUCAACAAAUUUUUUUUUUUUUUUUUUUUAAGCAAUUAGGACUUAUGUGUAUAAAUUUUUUUUUCUCAAAUCCGUUAAGACUUAUGUAAUUUUUGAUUCAUUUUUUGAUCAACUGUUAGAGAAAUAUAUUCAGAUCAAUUAAUAUAUACAUAUGUUGGUUGA